AUGGAUACCAUUUGUAGUAUCAGUACAUCUCUUGGAGAUUCUUCUUUCAGGUUGCUAGACAGUGUUCUACAGGAGCACUAUUCCAUUGCACUGCUGGUGUGCAGUGUGUGUAAUGACAGUGUCUUGGUACGGCGACCUAAAGAGAAGAAGCGGGCUCGGGAGAACAAAGAGGUGCCCCGCGCCAGCCUGCUCAGCUUCCAGGACGAGGAGGAGGAAACUGAAGAAGUUUUCAAAGUGAAGAAAUCAAGUUACAGCAAAAAGAUUGUAAAACAGCUGAAGAAAGAAUACAAGGAAGAUCUUGAAAAAUCAAAAGUUAGAACAGAGGUCAAUUCUCCAACAGAUGUUGAGCCACCACUAGAAAAGACAGGACAGAUUAAGGACAUAGGUCAAGAAGAUGGGACUGCAAACAGCGAACAUGGUGAAGAAGAAAUGGAAGUUGAAAGUGAAAAGGAAGAAGAAAAACCAAAACCUGGUGGGGCUUUUUCAAGUGCUCUAUCAUCGCUGAAUGUUCUUCGCCCAGGAGAAAUUCCAGAUGCUGCUUUUAUUCAUGCCGCUAGGAAAAAGCGUCAAAUGGCUCGUGAACUUGGAGACUUUACUCCUGUUGACAGUGAACCAGGUAAAAGCCGCCUUGUUCGAGAAGAUGAAAAUGAUGCCAGUGAUGAUGAAGAUGAUGACGAGAAGAGGAGGAUAGUUUUUACAGUGAAGGAAAAAUCCCAAAGGCAAAAGAUUGCUGAGGAAAUAGGUAUUGAGGGGAGUGAUGAUGAGGCACUGGUGGCAGGGGAACAAGAUGAGGAACUCAGUAGAUGGGAGCAAGAACAGAUACGGAAAGGAAUCAACAUACCUCAGGUUCAGCCAAGUCAGCCUGCUGAAGUGAAUAAUCUGUACUACCAGAACACUUACCAGACAUUGUCUUAUGGUUCGUCAUAUGGCAUUCCAUACACUUAUGCUGCGUAUGGAUCAUCGGAAGCCAAGUCUCAAAAAACAGAUAAUACUGUUCCUUUCAAAACACCCAGUAAUGAGAUGACUCCUAUUACUAUUGAUUUGGUAAAGAAACAGCUUAAAGACAGGUUGGACUCUAUGAAAGAAUUGCACAAAGCUAAUCGGCAGCAGUUUGAGAAACAUCAGCAAAGCCAAGAGGACUCUACCAAGGCAAUUGAAAGAUUAGAAGGGUCUUCUGGGGGUAUUGGUGAACAGUAUAAGUUUUUGCAAGAAAUGCGAGGGUAUGUCCAAGACUUGCUUGAGUGUUUCAGUGAAAAGGUGCCUCUGAUUAAUGAACUUGAAUCUGCAAUGCACCAGCUGUACAAACAGCGAGCUUCCCGCCUUGUCCAAAGACGACAAGAUGAUAUUAAAGAUGAAUCUUCGGAGUUUUCAAGCCAUUCAAAUAAAGCGCUCAUGGCACCAAAUCUUGAUUCUUUUGGACGAGACAGAGUGCUCUAUCAAGAACAAGUUAAGCGUCGGACUGCAGAAAGAGAGGCUAGAAGAGCUCGUCGUAGACAAGCAAGAGAGCAAACUGGGAAGAUGGCAGAUCACCUUGAAGGCCUUUCCAGUGAUGAUGAGGAAACUUCAACGGAUAUUACAAACUUCAAUAUGGAACGAGACCGUAUAUUGAAAGAAUCCAGCAAAGUUUUUGAAGAUGUUUUGGAAAGCUUUUACUCAAUCGAUUGUAUUAAGUCCCAGUUUGAAGCCUGGCGUUCAAAGUACUUUGCUUCCUACAAAGAUGCUUAUAUUGGCCUCUGUUUACCAAAGUUGUUCAACCCUUUAAUCAGACUUCAGCUGCUUGUCUGGACUCCUUUGGAGGGCAAAUGUCGAGAUUUUGAAACUAUGUUGUGGUUUGAAUCGUUGCUCUUUUAUGGCUGUGAAGAACAGGAGCAAGAAAAAGAUGAUGCUGAUAUUUCACUAUUACCUACUAUUGUAGAGAGAGUUGUUCUUCCUAAAUUAACAGUGAUUUCUGAAAAUAUAUGGGAUCCUUUUUCUACAACACAAACAUCAAGAAUGGUAGCAAUUGUACAAAAACUUGUAAAUGGAUAUCCUUCAGUGGUUAAUGCUGAAAACAAAAAUACACAAAUGCUUUUAAAGGCACUGUUGCUAAGAAUGAGGAGAACACUAGAUGAUGAUGUAUUCAUGCCCUUAUAUCCAAAAAAUGUCUUAGAAAACAAGAACUCUGGUCCAUAUUUGUUUUUCCAACGUCAGUUUUGGUCAUCUGUUAAGUUAUUAGGAAACUUUCUCCAGUGGUAUGGAAUCCUUUCAAACAAAACUCUCCAGGAGCUGUCAAUAGAUGGGCUACUAAAUAGAUACAUUCUUAUGGCUUUUCAAAACUCUGAGUAUGGAGAUGACAGCAUUAAGAAGGCGCAAAGUGUAAUUGCUUGCUUUCCUAAACAGUGGUUUGCUAAUCUAAAAGGAGACAAGACUAUUUCACAGCUAGAAAACUUCUGUAGAUACCUUGUUCAUCUGGCUGAUACAAUUUACAGAAACAGCAUUGGUUGCUCUGAUGUAGAGAAAAGAAAUGCAAGGGUAGCAAAUAAAGCAGAUCAUAAAGCUUCUAGCAAGUAUACGAGCACUGGAUCAUGCUGUGACAGUUGCAAAUGAUCACAACGUAAAAGAAUUAAAAAUUUUAAUAGAAGGAAAAUAGACUUUUCUGACAUCUCGUUAUGAGCUUUAAAACCAUUCCUGAUGUGUAAUUUAUGUACAUAUGUAAAGUUUCUUAAACUGUAAAGUAUUGAUCUUUGUUUUAAUACAAAGUGCAUUCUUAUAUACAGCAUCCUUUGAAAUAAAUGAAAAAGUUGACUUUCUUUGGAGGCAAAAAUGAAAUUCCAAGGUAGUCAUCCUCCCAGAAAUCAGGCUUUCCUCAAAGUUUCUCAAAAUCUUGUUUACAAAAACACUUUGUACCCACAAUUAGUUGUCAUCUACUCCUUUGUUUAAUUGUUCCAUGGCUAACUGGAAUGUGUGUAAUAUAUUAAGUGUAAUGCAAUGCGUGCAUAUAUUUAUACCACCGUGUUACUUUCACACUGGAUAUGGAGAUCUUUUACUCUUGAAAAAGCUUUUCCUUUUUCUAAAAAUUACUUGUUUUGAAAAUAAAAUGAUCAUAUUAUUGGUCAAAAGGUUAAAUCUGUGAAAAUCAUUUGGCCUAAAUAGUAGAGACGUUUCCAAAUGCAGCCAAACCUUUAAAAAGCAGCUGUGCUGCACUCAGACUGGAACUCUUACGACUGUUCUUAGAAACAAGAGAUGAGAAAACACAAAUCAGUGUUCAACUAUUUUCUUAAUUUGGGCAGACAAUGCAAAUUUGUGAUUAUUGUGCAAAUUUACAGUAUUUCCCAAUCCCCAAGCACCUUUUAUUUUUCAAGGAAAAAUAGUUCACCUGUGAACUCUGGGCCCUUGGUGGCUAAGUUCACUGUUUGUAUCCUGUUUUAUAACUCCACAUUGGGAAUCUAUUUCUUCUGAUUGGUAUGGCUAAAGAUGCAAAGCAAAAUGAAGGUGGAGAAAACUUUAUAUCCUAGAAUUUGAAGUGUUCAUACUGUAGUAAACAUUCAAAUGUUACAUUUCCUGCUAAAUAGCAGCAAAGAAUACAGUCUUGGAAAACAAAGCAUUUAAUUUUUUGGAAAUCAGAAGGAAAAUCCUUUAAAACAGGGUGAUCCAUGUUGCAACUCUAAUGAUUUGAUGGGGUCUGAGGCACGUUAACAGCUGUAGUAGCCUUGGAUUAAGAGCUGUUUUACUGGUGAACCCUACAUUUUGGGGGGAAUUAUAGCAAUAAAUUGACAUCCUGAAUAACAUGAAGUAAAACUGUAUUUUAAGCUCAUGUCGUGGUAUAAAUGAGUAUAUUAAAAAAUGUACAAUUUGUAACAUGCACACUUCAUUUGGACACUGAACAAUUGUUUUUCUGAACUGCUGAGAUUGAUGGAGUACAUUCAGAAUAUCUGCUUUUAAAAAUUGUUUCAAUAAACUUGUCUGUCAAGGA